CGUCUCUCUGCCCUGCACUCUCUCUCUCUCUCUCUCUCUCUGUCUCUCGCUCCUUCCCACGCACACUUCCACACACACUUGCGCGGCCAGUGAAGAGGAGCGCUUCCACAUGAGUUACCUGAGCGAAAUGUACUCCGGCAGCUCCUACCGGAGGGUGUUCGGCGACGCGCCGCGGAUGUCGGGGCGCGUGUCCGUGGGCGGCAGCCCGUCCCGCGCGUCGGCCACGUACCGCAGCAGCAGCGCGAGCGCGCAGCACCGCGCCUUCGGCUCCCCGUCGCCCCUGUUCUCCUCCGCAGGGUACCGCAGCAAGCUGGGCGCCGCCCGCGGCACCUUCUCCCCCCUGCCCGACUCCAUCGACCUGUCGCAGUCCACGGCCAUCACGAACGAGCUCAAGAUCAUCCGCACCAACGAGAAGGAGCAGCUGCAGGGCCUCAACGACCGCUUCGUCACCUUCAUCGAGAAGGUGCACCAGCUGGAGCAGCAGAACAAGGUGCUCGAGGCGGAGGUGACCCUCCUGCGGCAGCGCAGCGCGGAGCCCUCGCGCCUGCACGACCUGUACGAGCAGGAGAUCCGCGAGCUGCGCGCGCGCGUCGAGGAGCUCACCCACGAGAAGAGCCAGAUGCACCUCGACUGCGUGCAGAUGAGCGAGGCGCUGGAGCGCGUGAAGGAGAAGCUCGAGGAGGAGACGAAGCUCAGGGAGGAGGCGGAGGGCACCCUCAAGGGCUACCGCAAGGACGUGGACGACGCCACCCUCUCGCGCCUGGAGCUCGAGAAGAAAGUGGAGUCCCUGCUGGACGAGAUCGCCUUCCUCAGGAAAGUUCACGAGGAGGAGCUGCAGGAGCUGCAGGCGUCCUUGCAAGCCUCGCAGGUGUCCGUGGAGAUGGAUGUGAGCAAACCCGACCUGGCGGUGGCGCUGAAGGAGAUCCGGGCCCAGUACGAGACCCUGUCCGCCAGGAACCAGCAGCAGGCAGAGGAGUGGUACCGCUCCAAGUUCGCCAGCGUGACGGAGGCUGCGGCGCGCAACUCGGACGCCGUCAAACAGACCAAGGAGGAGCUGAGCGAGUACCGGAGGCAGGUGCAGGCCCGCACCCUGGAAAUCGAGGCCCUAAGGGGCCACAACGAGGCCCUGGAGAGGCAGCUGGCUGAAAUGGAGGAUCGCCACGGCAGAGAGAUUGGAGAGCUGCAGGACACCGUCCAGCAGCUGGAGUCUGCUCUGCGCAGCACAAAGGGGGAGAUGUCCCGCCACCUGCGUGAGUACCAGGACCUCCUCAAUGUCAAGAUGGCCCUGGACAUCGAGAUUGCCGCCUACAGGAAGUUGCUGGAGGGUGAAGAGUGUCGCAUGAGCACGGUGGGCGGAGCUAUGAUCCAGUCCGGCUACCCCGGCUUCUCCUAUUCCGCUACUCGCUCCUACACCCUGAGCACCGGUGCUGCCUACAGGAAGACCAGCGCAAAGCCGGAGGAGGCUGAGGAGGAAGAGGAGGAAGCCGAGGAGGAAGAGGAGAAGGAAGAAGAGGCAGAGGGAGAGGAGGAGGAAGGCGCAGAGGAGGAAGAAGAGGGAGAAGAAGGUGAGGAGCAAGAGGAAGGAGAGGAGGAAGAAGAGGAGGAACAGGAGGAAGAGAAGGUGGAAGAGAAAGACAAGAAGAAGGAUGCUGCUGCUACCAAGGGCAGCAAGAGCUAAACUGCUGAGAAGUUAAACGGCCAAACGAAGAGCUCGCUUUGUUUCUCUCCCCACUGACACACUGAGUUUCUCAUUCACAUUCCAUUCGUCCUCUCUCUUCUGUCCAUCCCCGUCUCACUCACACAGACACUCGUGCACAAACACACACACUCACACACGGACAAACAAGCACGUUCCAGGAGUCUUGCACUUGAAAGCUCCUAGCACCUCUGUACUUCUGGACAUAGGGACACAUGACUCACACAAGGCCAUAUGAGAUAGACACCGUAAAGUUCACGAAACAAAUCGACAGCCAAUGAUCCGAACACAGUAGUAACGGCACAGAAGUUUUACAGGUUUGCAAGGUGUCUUACGAAUGUAUGCUAGUGAAAAAGUGCACAGAACUCAGGAAGGAUGUCUUCUGGGGUUAGACUGGUAUAAUAAUGGUGCUGCACAUUACAGAGCACAGAGCUGAGCCAUAGAAUUCUGUCACAAGACGAUUAAAAGAUGACGGAUGAAGAAUUCUCGUUCUUAUCCCAAAACAUCCUGUCCUUCGUGGAGUUUUUGCUUACGGCGAUGUCUGGAUCGGAAUUAUGCGAACAAGACUGAACUGUUUGUUGAGAGCUCCCGGUUACAGUUCAGGAACUGAUGUGGUGCAUAACAGAGGCACUUUACCAGUUCCACUUCGAAGGUGCUACUUAACGUUGUCAAAUGAGGUUGAGAAGUAAAUAAAACACUCAAAGGAAUUUAGCCAGUGUGGUAAAUGCUCGUUCUGAAGGUCAAUUACUAUUGUAUACAUACACAUUAAGUAAAGGAUGACAAGGCUGCUAAUAUAGGACACAAAUACAUGCACUUCCCAUUCAUCAUUUCACAGGAUGAAGAUGCAGGGUGUUCCGCUCAUCUCUUACUUUGUCUUUAGCUAUUUCUCUACACAAGCAUGAUGAACAGGACGGCAUUCUUAAAGAUGCGUAUCGUUCCAUCCAUCUUUCACUCUCGCUCUUACCGCAUUGGUCACAGCAGCACGGCAAGCAAGGCAAAGCUGAAUUAAACUGUUUUAUUAAGAACUAAAGGAGCGCUCUUCUGGAGUAGUGGCAGGACAUGAAGCAGCACCUGCCCAGAAGAAAAAAAAUGUCAAAGAAUGUAGAAAUUCAAUUAAGAUUACUGCUAUUUAUUGUAUUGUACCUUUUUGUUUUAAAACAAAAAUUACUCCUUCUUGAUUGAUUCACUUAUCACGUAUGUUAUCUCAUACCGUCAUGUAGCUGCUAACCCAGUUUUGCCAACUUUGGCUUUCUGUACCUGACAAGAUGGUUGCUAUGGUGAGGUGUUAUCUGGAGAGCAAUCCUGAGAGAAGUACGGGGAGCACGGUAUUGGGUGCUACCCUUCCAGACCUGACACUUCAAGCAGACAGCUGAGAGCUUGGUUUCCUCCUACCUUGGGGUGUUGGAUUGAUAUGCAUGUUUUGCUCUGUGGGCAGCCCUUCUCCUGAGAUUUGCUUACUGAAACAGUGCUCAGAAUGGUGCAGAUGUGCUGAACGGGGCCACUUAUACCCUCCUUCCAUGCUGCCAUGCCAACUAAAGUGGCAAAAAGCACCCUGGCCUUACAAACAAAUGGUGCACUGUACUGUGGAUGAGGUCAAGAAAAA